UACGUCACCGGUAAACAUGGCGGCCUCCAUAGUCGUCGAAGUGUUCGCCAAGUCGGAGUCGCUGAAGCGCUUUUCCAAACCGUUCGAUGCCCCUUCAGACGCGAAGUCGCAUUUAGCGCGUCUGAGCGAAGCGGUAGCCGUCGUCCAGAAGGAAGUGAACGCCUACCUCACCGAACUGGUGGACGCCAAGCGCAACGCUGGCGCCGGCGGCGACCUGGAGGACGACAACGAUGACGAUGACACUGAUGAUGCUCCAGUAAAGAAGAAAUCAAAAAAGUCCUGACACCACAAAAGCGACGUUGUGGCAUCAUGUGCAUACUAUCUACGUUUCACUGUAAGAUACUUCAGAAUAAAACAUUGCAUCGUCAUUCUUACAA